AUGUGUGGUGGAAGAAUAAACUUUGCCAAACGCAUCUCCCCUUCUCUUUUGGCCUGGAGCCUAAAGCGGGUCGGGAAAUCACAGGACGUUUCCGUUCUCCGAGAUGCGCAGUGGAUACCUGCGCGGCCACGCCUCUCCCCCGUGCGUCAUCCGAUGGGGGCAGGACUUCCGCCUCAGGCCCCGCCGUUUCCGACGCCAUCCGGAAGUCGGGAGUUGCGGGCCAUUCGGUUCAUUUGCACUGUGCCACGGACAACCGGCCUUCUCCAGAUUCCUGCACGUCCGAGCUCCCCCGCCAUCGCUCGGGCUGUCUCCUGCGCGCCCGGCCGCUGUGUCCCCACCACACCUCCCGAAUCCGGCUGGCCCCGCGCCAUGGCAGAGGCCGCGGUCAGCACGGCCUUCGGGCAGGCGGUAAUCGGGCCGCCGGGCUCGGGGAAGACCACCUACUGCCUGGGCAUGAGUGAGUUCCUGCGCGCGCUGGGCCGGCGCGUGGCGGUGGUGAACCUGGACCCGGCCAACGAGGGGCUGCCGUACGAGUGCGCCGUGGACGUGGGCGAGCUGGUGGGGCUGGGCGACGUAAUGGACGCGCUGCACCUGGGCCCCAACGGCGGCCUCCUCUACUGCAUGGAGUACCUGGAGGCCAACCUGGACUGGCUGCGAGCCAAGCUCGACCCCCUGCGCGGCCACUACUUCCUCUUCGAUUGUCCGGGCCAGGUGGAGCUGUGCACGCACCACAGCGCCCUGCGCAACAUCUUCUCCCAGAUGGCUCGGUGGGAUCUCAGGCUGACAGCCGUGCACCUGGUGGACUCUCACUAUUGCACAGACCCGGCCAAGUUCAUUUCAGUGUUGUGCACCUCCUUGUGCACCAUGCUGCACGUGGAGCUGCCUCACGUCAACGUCCUGUCCAAGAUGGACCUCAUUGAGCACUACGGGAAGCUGGCCUUCAACCUAGACUACUACACGGAGGUGCUGGACCUCUCCUACCUGCUUGACCACCUGGCUUCAGACCCCUUCUUCCGCCACUACCGCCAGCUCAACGAGAAGCUAGUGCAGCUCAUUGAGGACUACAGCCUGGUCUCCUUCAUCCCACUGAACAUCCAGGACAAGGAGAGUGUGCAGCGAGUUCUGCGGGCCGUAGAUCAGGCCAACGGCUACUGCUUCGGGGUCCAAGAGCAGCGCAGCCUGGAGGCCAUGAUGUCCGCAGCGGUGGGAGCUGACUUCCACUUCUCCUCCACACUGGGUAUCCAGGAGAAGUACCUGGCACCCUCGGACCAACCAGUGGAGCAGGAAGCCAUGCAGCUUUAACGACUGGCUGGGGUUGGGAGGCCGAUGCACAGCCCAGCCCAGGGACGGCAGAGGCUGCCACUGAGCGA